UUCCCUGCCUCCUUCUUAAGGCUCAGCCGCCUCGGGGUCCCGCUCCGUGCCCGCCUGCCCACCCGGCCCCGGCCCCAUGCCACGCACCCAGGGGGACAAAGGGGCCCCCAAGGACACGGAGGCCCCGGGCAAGGGGAAAGGAGGGGAGGUGGGUGAAAAAACCCCCAAAGCCCCCGAGGACGGCGGCCCCCCGAGCACCAAGAGCCCCGGCUCUGAGUCCCGGCACGGCGGCCACGGCCAGAAGAACAGCAAGAAGGGGGACCCCCACGCUGCCGCCGCCAAGACCUACUCCCCCUUCCUCAACACCGUCUUCGGCAAGGAGCGGGAGCUGUCGCCGGAGGAGCUGGAUGAGCUGCUGGACGCCUUCAAGGAAUUCGACACGGACCAGGACGGGUACAUCAGCUACAAGGACCUGGGCGCCUGCAUGCGCACCCUGGGGUACAUGCCCACCGAGAUGGAGCUCAUCGAGAUCUCCCAACACAUCAAGAUGAGGAUGGGCGGCCGCGUGGAUUUUGAGGAUUUUGUGCAGAUGAUGGGGCCCAAGUUGCGGGAGGAGACGGCCCACAUGGUGGGCGUGAGGGAGCUCAAGAUCGCCUUCCGUGAGUUCGACGUGAACGGGGACGGGGAGAUCAGCAGCGCGGAGAUGCGGGAGGCCAUCGCGGCGCUGCUGGGGGAGCAGCUGAAGGCGCAGGAGGUGGACGAGAUCCUGCAGGACGUAGACCUCAACGGGGACGGGCGCGUGGACUUUGACGAGUUCGUUAUGAUGCUGUCAUCCCGGUAACGAAGCUUCGGGGCAGGAGGGGACACCCCCACCCCCCCCCAUCCUUGUCAGGCACUCCCUGCCCGGCCGACCAGCCCAACCUUUCUGCCAGCAUUAGGGUUCAGAGUGAACAUCUGGGAAUGGGGCAGACAUGAGACACCACCCCCCCCCCCCCCGACCCCAAUAGCCCCCAGGGGUGGCGGCAGGACUGGGAGGGGGCUGGGGGGGCC